AUGGAUAACCACCGAGAAACCAUCGUAACCAUACCAGAUGGCUUCACAAAUCCAUUGCUCCAUCAAGAAGCCGCAGCUGUAGAAGAAAAUAGCUCCAGAUGGUCCGACCUUUCCGUCGACGUCCUCGAGCUAAUCCUCCGGCGGCUCGGCCCCGUCGACCACCUCCGGUUCGGGGAGACGUGCCGGUCGUGGAGGUCCGCCCGAUCCCUCCACCGGACACGCCUCGACCUCCCCACCCCGCAGCUUCCGUGGCUCCUGUCCGGCCCAACAUCGUUCCUCUCCAAAGGCUACCGCUUGAAGUUCUUCAGCCCCUCGGACGGCCGCCGUUACACCAUCAGCAUACCAAAAAGAACUCCGAGGCAGUACUGGGUCCCCGGCUCCUGCGCCAACUGGCUUAUAACCGAUGCAGGUCGCGAUAUUUUUCUCGUCAACCCCUUCACCGGAGUAGAGCUAAGAUUGCCGAGGAUUAUAGCGGAGCGCGAGCCGAACCAGGACUUCGCCAUCGCCGUCUCGUCGCAUCCCGGCGCUCCCUACGGUGCGGUCGUGCUGGCGAACCUGUGGACGGUCUCACUUAUCUGCAAGCGUCCUGGCGACAGGCACUGGCUCUGGUUUCAUCUGACUGGGGAAGACCGGAGAGUCUGUCAAGUCGCGGCGGUCGGAAGGAAGUUCUACGGCAUCACUCACGGGCGUCGGCUGGUCGACAUCGACCCUGACCGAUCUCCGCAAGUGGUUGUCAUGAAUCAAGUUGGAAGUAUCCUGGGGAACCCCCAAGGUAGAACUCAUGUUUUCCUGGUCGAGUCCGACGGAGACUUGCUAGCCGUCGUCAUGAGCUGCCCGAACCUCCGUAGGUCUACUCCUUCGUUCAGCUUCUUGAGGUGGGACGUCGAGACAUCGUUCUGGGAGGCGAUUGAGAGCAUCGGGGACCGGCUUCUUUUCUUGGGCCUGAGCAGCUCCAUCUCGGUGGCUGCGAGAGAGCACGGAGUUGCCGGUGGGCGGAUUUACACGAUAGGUCCUCAUUCUACGGGGAUUUAUGACCUGAGAACACGCGAAGGGGAGGUGCUUUGCUGCUGCAGGAGCUCUUCAUGGCGAACUUGGGUGGCGCCUCGGCUGUUCUACUGGGAGGGACAAGCAGACGAGAUCAGCUGGUGGUGGGAUUAUGCUGAAGAAGCCGUGAAGGUGUUUUUGUUGGCACUGAUUAGUGUUUCUAUUUCUUUUGUUUUAUGUUGGGCAUUAAACGAAAUUUAA